GCUGUCCCUGCUGGGGUGUCUUGGCUUGGUGAGGGGGCAGAGAUGUUGCGGAAGCUCACCUUGGACCAGAUCAGCGACUGGUUCACCAUUGGCAAGGCCGUCAGCGGAGUAGAGUUCUUGGGGGGGCAGCCCCAGGCUGGUGGACCGGCUCACAGCCCGGGGGGGUCUGCGAAAGAGCAGGCCCCUUCUGCCAAUGCAGCUCGACAGAGUGCUGGAGUUGAAUAUGUUGAAAGAUACAGACAACUGGAGUCCGAUGAACUCGAUGCAUCAGACAGCAGUUGGCCUCCCUGUGAACCAGCUCUACUCCAACCAUCCCAGUGUGAAUCCAGUCCUGCAACUUGCAUACCAGUCAGCAAUUACAUCUAUCCUGAUCUGCCCAUAUCAAGAUACAGAGAAGAGAUGAUCUCCUUGAUAGAAAGCAACUCUGUGCUAAUCGUGCGUGGAUCUACCGGCAGCGGCAAAAGCACUCAGCUUCCACAGUUUGUUCUGGACCACUGCGUGCAGCGCUCCACCUACUGCAACAUCGUAGUGACUCAGCCUAGGAAAAUUGGUGCCAGCAGUAUUGCGAGGUGGAUUAGUAAGCAGCGGUCGUGGCCCCUGGGGGAACAUGUGGGCUACCAGGUUGGUUUAGAAAAAGUUGCAUCCAAGGACACGAGGCUGAUUUACAUGACGACGGGAGUUCUCCUUCAGAAAAUAGUGGGGUCCAAAAGUCUUUUGGAGUUCACUCACAUCUUCAUAGAUGAAGUGCACGAGCGUACUGAAGAGAUGGAUUUCUUACUGCUGGUGGUCCGUAAACUGUUGCGCACCAAUUCGCGAUUUGUGAAGGUAAUUCUGAUGUCUGCGACAAUCAACUGCCAAGAAUUUGCAGACUAUUUUGCUAUCCCAGUCCGCAACAGGCUGUAUCCGGCAUAUGUGUUUGAAGUAGAAGGCAAGCCUUAUGCUAUUGAAGAAUAUUACCUUGAUGACCUGAGGCCUAUUAUCAGUCAUAUCAGGAUUCCUAUGCAAGUUACUGAGGACCCGGUCAUACCUGAAGAGAUGUACAGAGCUGCAGUUUCUCUGAUCCAGUGGUUUGACGAGUUGGAAAUGAAAGAGAGCAGAAAACCACAUGCAGAAAUUCAGAGUUUGGACUUCAUGUCUGAGCGUGGCAGUGUGCUGGCAUUUUUACCUGGUUUGGCAGAAAUAAAUCGCAUGCAUGAGCUUCUCACGAUCAUGGCUCACAAGAGGUUGCAAGUAUAUCCGCUGCAUUCCAGCGUCACCUUAGAAGAACAGAAUAAUGUGUUCUUGGCUCCAGUUCCUGGUUACCGAAAGAUCAUUCUGUCUACAAACAUUGCAGAGAGCUCUGUAACAGUUCCGGAUGUUAAAUACGUUAUUGAUUUCUGUUUGACCAGAAAUCUUGUUUGUGAUGAAGAGACCAACUAUCAAAGCUUGAGGCUGUGCUGGGCUUCUAAAAGCAGCAGUAAUCAGAGGAGAGGUCGUGCUGGACGUGUUUCUAAAGGAUACUGCUACAGGCUAGUGUACAAGGACUUCUGGGAAAACUGUAUACCCGAAACCACCCUGCCUGAGAUGAUGCGGCGCCCCCUGGAAAGUACCGUGCUGAAGGUGAAGCUGCUCGACAUGGGUGAACCAAGGGCCUUGCUAGCAACCGCUCUGUCGCCUCCCAGCAUAAGCGAUAUUGAGCGCACCGUUCUGCACCUCAAGGAGAUAGGAGCACUCGCUGUCCAUUCAGAAGCAAAAAACCCUUACGAUGGUGAGCUGACCUUCCUAGGCAGGGUGUUGGCACAGCUACCCGUGAACCAGCACCUUGGCAAACUAAUGGUUGUUGGCCAUGUCUUUGGGUGCUUGGAAGAAUGCAUUAUAAUAGCUGCUGCCCUCUCUUUGAACAACUUCUUUGUAAUACCUUUUAGGCAGCAUCUUGAUGGAUACAGGAAUAAACGGCAUUUUUCUGGGAAUAGCAAGAGUGACUGUAUUGCGCUUCUGGAUGCCUUUAAGGAAUGGCAGGAAAGCAAGAAGAAAGGAAAACUGAGACACCCUAAGGAUGAGCUUGACUGGGGUCGUUCCAACUAUAUUCACAUCAAGAGAAUUAGAGAGGUGGCUGAGUUGUAUGAGGAACUGAAAAAGAGAAUGGGCGUGUUUAACAUGCAGGUCAACCCUCACCCCCCUGCUAUGGAUCAAGACCAUGUGUAUAAGCAGCGAUUCAUUUUGCAGGUUGUAAUGGCUGGAGCUUUCUAUCCAAAUUAUUUUACUUUGGCGGAACAUGAUGAAGAAAUCGCCGUCCGGGAGCUGUCUGGCAAAGAUCCCAAAACCACUGUAAUGUUGAAGAAUAUUCCCCCAUACGGCUUCCUCUACCAUAAGCAACUGCAGUCCCUGUUCAGACAGUGUGGCCAAGUGAAAUCCAUUUCCUAUCAUGGGACCAAAGCCUUUGUAGAAUUUUCCCGGAAUCCAACCGAACGCUUUAAAACACUUUCUGCCGUAUAUAUGGCCCUUAAGAUGUCACAGCUGCGGACUCCAAUGGAGCUUAAUAUACAUUCCCCGGAGGAGAUUGAAGGGAAAAUGGAAGGAGGACCAAACAUGCUCGCGCGGGGUUCCCAAGUGAAUGUGGACUUUCAGAAACACACAGUGUCUCCCAUGGAGAAGUUCAGUAGUCCUUUGGAAAAACUGCAGACCAUCAGCAGCCUCGAUUUAUCUAUCAGUGUCACAGAGGUGGUAGAAGUUGGGCACUUUUGGGGUUACAGAAUUGACGAGAAAAAUAUGGCUGUGCUCAACAACGUGACUGCUGAGAUCAACCAGCUACAGCUGACCCCUCUGCUAGUCCGCCCCUAUCCAGAUUUGGUAUGCCUGGCGCCCUUUACUGAGUGGGAAGAUGAGAGAUACUACAGAGCCCAAGUCCUAUAUGUAUCUGGAGAGAAUGCAGAGGUUUUCUAUGUAGAUUAUGGCAAUAGAUCAAAAGUGGCUCUGGGACACUUGCGAGAGAUUCCAAGCCAUCUCCGAGAGCUUCCUUUCCAGGCUCUGGAAUUCAAGCUGCGCAGAAUGCGGCCUUCUGCCCAGUCCCUUGUAUCUGGAGAGCAGUGGAGUCACGCUGCAAGCCAGAGCUUUGCUUCCUUGGUCAGUGGCUGUGCUCUGCUGGUGAAGGUCUUCUCGAUCGUGCACAGCAUCCUGCUUGUCGAUGUGCUUCGGUACUCUGGGCUUUUGGACAUUGUGAACGUCCGCGAUAUACUCAUUCAGGAAGGCCACGCCGAGCUGGCGGAAGACUCCUAUGAAUCCAAAAUCAGCCACGAAAAUCUUAAAGAACUGUUUUCAAAGCCAGAAGAAAGGAAGAGGGAUGCUUCUCUCCAGAGGAGCUCGAGUGACGAGGAGAAUCGCUUGAUUGAAAUGCUCUUGGAGAACGCCUCUGCCAAUAAGUUUAGUGCGCCAAACUGCAAGGCGAGGCUUAUUGGCCCAUACAACCCCUACUGCAUGAAAUUCAGCAGCAUGACCAGAAUCUCCAGAUUUAGAGCAGUCUUCGUGGAGAAGGAGAGUGUGAACUCGGUGGUGGUGGUUGAUGCUCCUGAAGACUCGUUUCAACAGAUGCUGGUUGCUGCCUCUGUGACAGUAAACGCAACAGGAUCCACAAUGUUGCUAAGGGAGACAUCUCUGAUGCCUCAUAUUCCAGGACUUCCAGCACUGCUUGCCAUGCUGUUUGCUCCUGUGAUAGAUCUCAGGGUUGAUGAAAGCAGAAGCAGAUACAUUGGUGUCCUUUGUGGCUUGGGAUGGAACCACUCGCUGGGAGUCCCCAUCCUCUCCGACCAUGACAUGGAGUUUAUGUUUGAUGUGAAGAUUGAUGCAGAUGACAUAACCCAGAUAAACAUUAUAAGGAUCGCCAUUAACAAGCUGGUCUCGGAUGGCCCAAAUGGCCUGAUGCAUUUUGGGCAAGAGAGAAUUGCACAGUUGCAGGAUGCUGCUCGCCAGAAGCUUUUAGGCCUGAUUUGCAAAUCAAAACCUCGUGAAGUUGUUCCUCCCAAAUUCUAUCCGAAGCCAUAUGAAUGGAGUCAGCCACAGUCAAGCAUUGUCAUUGACCAGUGUGAACCACAAGAUGCACGAGCGAGGACUGAUUCCUUGUACCAGCUGCAUAAGUUGAUUUUGUUAAAUGCCUAAGGCUUCAGCACUCAUCGUCCUUCACUGGAAGAAAGUCCCAUUAGACCUGGUGCAAUUUGCUUCCAAUUAAGCGUGUUUAGGAUCAGAAUGUUGUUGUUGUUGUUGUUGUUGUUUUAAAAAAACCUAUUCUGUUAUAGAAAAAUAUAAAAGAUGUGUUUAAAAAUGUGACUUACCAGUUUAACUGUUUGUCUUGUUUUCCUAAUUCAAACAAACAAACAAGAAGCCCCCAGAAAAUGACACAAGUUUAUGCAGUACAGUUUUUGAAAUUGGAAGAACUUCAGUGCUGCUCACUUAUUAGCCACAUGAGGCUUAUCCCUAACAUUAGGCUACCUGGCUUCACCUCUCUAACCUAUAUGCAUUCAGUAAAGUUCUGAAUGCCAGGGUUGGUGGGGGGACUGUACACGCUUAGGUUUUUUCAUACACCUGAGAGCCCUGA